AGCCGUCAAUGGGAAAUAUCCAUUACCAAGUAGGCAAGUAGUAGUAGCUCCAAUUGGCCCACGUUUACGGUCUACAUACAUUCUACCACAACACCCCAAAAUCAGACAGAAACAAAACCGCAGAAAUUGUAGAAAACUACAUUAUCUAAUUUUUAAUUUAUCCAAUUUCCACUAUUUUGGCUCACGCCGGUAGUUAAAGGGCAUGGCAAUUGGGGUUUUUUAGGGUCCGGAAGAGCUGAUUGAACUCAACCUUCAUCAUUCUUUGGCUUAUGUUUGGUUAUUUUCUGGGUUUCUCUUGAAAUUGUGAAAAUGGUGAAUGCAAUUGGGUUUGCUCCGUUAAGCUAUUGUUUAGAAUCAUCUUACCCUAGGUGGAAAGACCUUGUUGCGUUUAAGAACUUGAGGAUUGAAGCAUGCUCUAGGGUUUCGAUUACUCAAAACUGUGAUAAAAGGCUGAAAUCUGUAGUCUCAAUUCGGACUAAAGCUAGAGAGUUUAGGCUCUUUAACUCGGUUGAGUUGGACCGAGUUUUGACUAGCGGGGAGGAGGAUGAAAUGAGUGAAGAGUUCUUUGAAGCAAUAGAAGAAUUAGAGCGGAUGGCAAGGGAACCAUCGGAUGUUCUUGAAGAAAUGAAUGACCGAUUGUCGGCCCGAGAGUUGCAGCUGGUGUUGGUGUAUUUUUCACAGGAGGGGAGGGAUUCUUGGUGUGCAUUAGAGGUGUUUGAGUGGUUGAAGAAAGAGAAUCGCGUAGACAAGGAGACGAUGGAGUUGAUGGUUUCAAUUAUGUGUGGGUGGAUUAAAAAUAUGAUUGAAGCUGAAAAGGAAGUUGGGGAAGUGGUUGAUCUUUUGGUUGACAUGGAUUGUGUUGGUCUGAAACCCAAUUUUAGUAUGAUGGAGAAAGCCAUUUCUGUUUACUGGGACUCGGGGAAGACAGGUCAAGCAGUUUCUUUUGUUGAGGAGGUAUUGAGACGCGGAAUCAUGGCUUUAGAGGAUAAUGGGGAUGAUUUACGCAGGGGAGGCCCUGCUGGCUACCUUGCUUGGAAGAUGAUGGAGAAAGGAGAUUACAGGGACUCUGUGAAACUGGUGAUUCGUUUGAAGGAAAGUGGGUUGAAUCCUGAAACUUACAGCUAUCUGAUCGCAAUGACGGCUGUGGUGAAAGAGAUGAAUGAAGUUGCAAAAGCAUUGCGUAAACUAAAGGGUUAUUCUAGGGCUGGUCUUGUUGCUGAGCUAGAUGAAGAAAGUAUUAAGCUUGUUGAGAAGCAUCAGUGUGAUCUUCUAGAUGAAGGGAUCCUACUAUCGAGUUGGUUGAUUCAGGAAGGAAACACAUCAGUGCUUAGUUUAGUUCACGAGAAGCUCCUUGCUAUGCAUAUUUGUGCUGGUCGUGGGCUUGAUGCCGAAAGACAGUUGUGGGAGAUGAAGCUUUUAGGCAAGGAGGUUGAGAGGUACUUUUAUGACAUAGUUUUAGCCAUCUGCGCCUCUCAGAGAGAAGAUGGAGCUGUUUCUAGACUACUGACUACAUUAGAAGCUACAAGCUCUUCAUCUAAAAAGAAAACCUUAUCUUGGUUGCUCAGAGGCUAUAUCAAAGGUGGGAAUUAUGUGGAUGCUGCAGGAACAUUAGCCAAAAUGCUUGAUUCAGGAAUACAUCCAGAUUACUUAGACCGGGUGGCUGUUCUGCAGGGUCUCAGAAGAAUGAUACAGCAAACUGGGAACUCAGAGAUCUAUCUUAGGCUGUGCAAGCGCCUAUCAGAUGCGGACUUGAUCGGACCUUGUCUCGUAUAUAUGUAUAUAAAGAAGUAUAGGCUUUGGAUUUUGAAGACGGUAUAGGUUAUAGUGUAUGGUAGAGGUGUUACUCAAAAAACGUUUAUGUGGUUCGCAAAGUUUACUUACGUCAGAUCCUGUGACCGAGAGUUGAAGGAAGGCAGGAAUUACUCUAGGAUUAAGGUAAAAAAAUUAAUUUUGAUGCCUAGAAUGUUUUGUGUAUAUCAAUAUAUGUAUAUAAAUAUGUGUAUAUCCUGUGUUGUUGACAAUACCGAAGUUUUGGUGCCUGUGAUUGUAUAUGUGUUACAAAAUACAAAGUAGAAAAAGUAAA